CACCGGAGUUCAUCAUAUUUCGUAAGUGUAGCGUUCAAAUCUUAAGGUUACGGCGAUUUGUUCGGGAGAGUACUGCCGAUUAAUUGUGUUAGAAGGAAUUUCCAAAGCCACAGAAGUUAGUGCAUGCCCUCAACUAUGGUAAUGGCAGACAAGCCGACCGAAAACGGCAUUCGGUCCAGGGUAUCAACCCCUGUGGAAUAUGACUCGCCAGACAGCAUCAGCGGGGCAAGUGACAUAGAAAAGGAAUCUGAGAGUGAGGGAAAAAUCAAGGUGGGUCAGGAAUAUCAGGCCCGGGUGCCUGAUCUCCUUCCGUCAAAUCAGAGGAAGCCCGAAAAGUGUACGGAGAGAGGCCUGUUGAUGUGGGCUCCUAGCUCAAAGGCUUCAGAUGAACAGCUAGAAAGAUACCUCAAGAAGUCGAAGGAAAAAUAUAACUACACAUGUGAGCAGGCCUUAGGAAUGCUUUUCUGGCAUAAUUACAAUUUUGAGAAGGCUAUGGCAGAUCUUCCAAACUACACACCUCAUCCUGAAGAAUGGACAGUGGAGGACAAGGUCUUGUUUGAGCAAGCAUUCUCUUUUCAUGGCAAGAACUUCCACAAGAUCCACCAGAUGCUUCUAGAUAAAAGCAUCCACUCACUAGUGACCUACUACUACUCAUGGAAAAAGUCGAGGUCUAGGGCAUCACUUAUGGACAAGCAGGCAAGGAAGCUUGCAGCUCAGCGAGAGGAUGGGAACUACCAGUUAUCAGACCAGAGCAGUGAGAGUGAUGAAGAGAAUAAAGACUCUAGUGAAACAGAGAAUGGUAGUAAAAGUCAGUGUUCAAACUGUGGUAUUGCAUGUCUGAUCACAAACAACACUCAGAAGGGAGUGAUGUGUAAUACCUGUUACAACUACUUCAAGAAAAAUGGAACUCUCAGGCCAACUGUGGGACCCAUCAAGGGCGAGAAAAGAGACAGACCUCACUCAAUGACUAGGAAGAAAUCCCAGCUUCCAAAGGGGAUGCAUGUGAAUCAUGAAGAUCUUCUAGAAUGCUCCAAGCAAGAUGGGGGUGAUGCAAUCAUCCACACCAUGGAGCAAGAGAUAACUGGCCUGAAACGCCAUAUCCAGAACAACAAGCAGACAGUCAGCAUGCUAAAGAGAAAAUCUUGGUUGAAUGUGACACCAUAUAUGCCAACUGAGGCUCCAGGAAAAAUCAAUGCUCGCUGGACUAAUGAUGAGCUGCUCCUAGCUGUUCAGGGAGUGAGAAAGUAUGGCAAAAACUUCAGGGCUAUAGCAGAAGUGCUUGGUACCAAAACAGAACAGCACAUGAGGAUUUUUUACACAAACUACAAGAAAAGGUACAACCUUGACAGCUUGAUCAAGGAGUUUGAGGAAGAGAAUGGUCCCAUCUCUGAUGUGGAUUCUAAGAUGGCCGUGGACCCACCGACCAGCGGCGCCGACACGCAUCCUGCCGACUGCAGUGGCGCCCUCUGCGUGGACUCGGGACGGUAG